UUUUAAAUGAAAUUUUUGUGAUAAAGAAUCUCAGGGAAUCAUUCGAAAAAAUGAUUUUAAGAAACGAAUCUAUGAAAGAAUCAAUCGAUAUCAUGAUGGAGAUAAGCGAAAAUUGCAAAGAACAACUGAUACCUAACGAUUAUAUUUUGGAUAAUUACACAAAUCCAAUAGUCGAAUUUCUUCAACAAGAAGAUUCAUCCAUCAGAAGAGAUCCAUUGUAUAUUGUUUUACCAAUCACUGUGAUUUAUGCGGUGAUCUUUGUCACCGGUUUGGUCGGUAACAUUUCCACAUGCGUAGUGAUUGCGCGUAACAAGUCGAUGCAUACGGCAACCAACUACUAUCUGUUCAGCCUAGCCGUGUCUGAUUUACUGCUGCUGAUAUCUGGUCUGCCACCGGAGAUGUAUUAUAUCUGGUCACAUUUUCCGUAUGUGUUUGGCGAAGCGUUUUGCAUUAUUCAAAGCUUCGCUGCUGAGACGUCCGCUAAUGCCACUGUCCUCACUAUCACCGCUUUUACUGUCGAGAGAUAUGUCGCGAUCUGUCAUCCUUUUAUCUCGCACACUAUGUCAAAACUGUCUCGUGCAGUGAAGUUCGUCAUAGUGAUUUGGCUAUUAGCAUUAUGUCUGGCCGUACCACAGGCGAUUCAAUUCGGGGUCGUUUAUGAAAAUAAAAAUGGAUCGAUAAUUCUGGAUACAGCUCGAUGCUCGAUGAAAUGGACAUUGAUCGAACAUGCAUUCGAGAUAUCCACUAUGUUAUUUUUUGUCCUACCUAUGACGAUCAUCAUCGUUCUUUAUAUAUUGAUCGCGAUUAAACUGAGACGAUCGAGAAUGUUGACAGCUACUGUGAACAGGAACCAUUUAUCGGUUGUUACGAAUCAUUGGGACAGCGGAAGAAAAAGCGCUGCGCAAAGGAAUGUCAUUCGAAUGUUGAUUGCAGUGGUGGUAGCGUUUUUUAUCUGUUGGGCGCCAUUCCAUGCCCAAAGACUAUUAGCUGUCUACGCGCAGAACAGUAAGGAUAAACCGGAAGAUGCAUUAGUAAUAAUCUAUACCAUCCUCACGUAUAUGUCGGGAGUGUUUUAUUAUCUUUCUACGACAGUGAAUCCAUUGCUGUAUAACAUCAUGUCCAACAAAUUUAGAGAGGCUUUCAAGUCAAUGCUGCCGAAUUGCUGUGUAAAAUGGUCAUCUCAAAAAUCAGAGUCACGACGGCCUAUCUACAGUAGUUUAUCACGUUACCCGAGAUCCACAUUUAGACAAACAGAUGAUCGUCAAAAUUUACCGUCAAUAUCCGUCAGUGAUGAUAAUCAAAAGUUGACAAACAUCAUACGAAUAUCGAACAUAACUGAGUAUAACGGAUUAACCGAACUGAACAAUGAGCGAAAAUUGCCUGAUUCGACGAUGAACAAUAUCAAUAAUCGAGAAUACAAAAGAAGCGUGUCGAGAGGAUCGAAUUCCAAUCAAUUCAUUUUGAUGACGACUGUUAAUGAGGGUAACAACAAUAUGGUUCCCACUUAUACGAACGAGUGUCUAUUAAACAUUCAGAAACCUUCAAGGACUCUUACGCUUGGAAUACUUGCCGAAAAAUUGAGAUUGGAAACAAAAGAAUUAUUUUCACCUCAGCAGAAAACUAAGAGUAAUCUGAUGAAAUUGGAGACAACGCCAGCUAUGAGCUCAUCUAGAUUUCAAAGUCACCCAAGUAUCGAUAGUGCAAAUACUAUCAGCAAUUCCAGUUUACAAGAUUAUGAUAAAACAGAGUUCAGUGGCAUGGAAUUGGCACGAUAUAUGGGUGAAUUAAACUGUGAUUUAAUCGCUUAAUAUUCACUUCAAAAUGAAAUGUUCCUUCAUCGAAUAAACGUAGCAUAAGUAUUUAAUAUAAUUAAGAAUCGUUUUUAAUAUAAUUAAAAAUCGUACCAAAUAUCUCGAAAAAACUAAGAAUUUAUAAAGUUAAGAAUCUUAGAUAUAAAAAUUUAU